AUGGCGAAGGGAGGCGACAAGCGGCGCCUUGAGGAGAACCGCAGGCACCUCAACAAGCUCCGGGCGUUGGUGGCAGGCGCCAACGUCGCCUUCCUGGUGAUCAGGCUGCUGUUCAGGCGAAGCAGCGCCGGCAAGCUGCUGUGGGCGGGGUGGCUGCUGAGCGGCGUCAUCUGCAACGUGGCUUACUAUAUGAUCAGCCAGUCCCUUUCCCCCGUGUAUGGCCCAAGCGGCGAGCUGGUGUACAGCGGGCAGGACCUGAGCGUGGGCGGCGUGCUGUCCUACAUGCAUGACGUCCUCUACAUCUCACUCUUUGUGCAGCUGGCCGGCUGCGCCACCGACUGGGCCUGGCUCACUUUUCUGCUGAUCCCCGCCUAUGCGCUGUACAUGCUGGCUGUCAACGUGCUGAUCCCCUACUGGAACACACCCAAGCUUCGAGACAUGCCUGAGACAGAAGCGGACCGCAAGCGUCGAGAGAAGAGGGAGCGGCAGUCGGCGCGGGCCGCCAAGUUUGGGGGCCGCUAA